AGAACUCUGUCGUAAAUGCCACAUUAAGCUCUUUGUCUCCCAGCCAGGGCUGAAAUCACUCUGGAAAAAACACGAGGAACAAACACAUCUGCAUUUUUUUCUGCUGCCUUUUAAAGCAGGCUUGGAUCCUUCCUGUUUCUCUUUUGGCGUCUGUCAUUUGCACACGGAUCGUGUGUGUGCGUGUGUCUUUGAGCAGAGACUCCGUCUACAUGGGAAAUGGGAAGGUGUAGCUGGAGCUUUUCCAAGAAGCAAGAGUAGCAUGCUGCUUCCGUGCUCCAGUCAGAAGAGAGCAGCAGGGCAUGGUCUCAGUCAGCCACUAAACAGAGGGACACACACAUACACAUAUAAACACACACACACACACAGACACAUGUGUUGGCUCUAUCUCUGCCGGCCUGAGCCCAAAACCACAGGAGAACAAUUCUGUGUAUGUACACUGGAGGACAAAGCAACAGAUGCAUCUGCAAGCCUGGAAGCAUUAGGAGUUGUACAAACAUAUAAAACCCCAACAUGCUGGAGAACCGCAAGACCACACGACUUCAAGUUUGACUAUCUCAGACCUUCUCAUCUUUCCCUUCGGUAAUGGCAAGAAUGAAGAGGGACCGGUUCUUGGUGGCUGUCACUUUCAUCGUCCUCCUAACCCUUGAUGUCUACUUCGUUCUGCUUCCCAGGCUGAGAUCUUGGUAUGACUUGUCCAGGGUUGGCUGUAACUGCAACGGCAGCACUGAACAGGUUUCUCAGAAAACGACCAAGACAAAGAGUUUCAGCCUUAUCUCUCAAGAAGAAUCGAAGCUAAAUAGGCUUUUUGACCAUCCAUUGUAUAAUAUACGUCUUCCAGAGCUAACGGCGGAUGAGAAAUUGCUGGACGAACAGGAGCUCAUGGAUUAUUACAGGAGGAAAGUGGCACGCUGGGAGAGACAGCAGAAGUUCUUCCUUGAGGCUGCAGCAGCAUCAAACAUCUCGCUGCUCGAGCAGCCUGUAAACUUCGAUCCCGAUGCAAACUGGCUGAAAUUCCAUUUGGGGAUCAACCGUUACGCUCUGUACUCCAGAGAUGACCAAAGCAUUGAGAACCUGCUUAAGGACAUGCGGCGAGCCCCCAUCAUUGGAGCAGAUUACACUCAAGAUGAAAAGGCCUUGAAGGGAGCAUGUGACUGCUCACAAGUGGUUAAGCCAAGUGGCCAUCACUUGAAACUUGCACUGAAAUUCCAAGAUUUUGGGAAAGCAAUGUUUAAACCUAUGAGACAGGAACGCCAUGAACAGACUCCUGAAGACUUCUUUUAUUUCGUUGACUUCCAGAGACACAAUGCAGAAAUUGCCUCGUUCCACCUGGACAGAGUUCUUGAUUUCCGGAGAGUUCCUCCUGUAGUUGGGAGACUCGUUAAUGUCACAGGCGAGGUUUUGUACACCACAUACAAUGAGGAACUCCGUAGUGUCUUCUUCACCUCGCCAGCAAACAACACAUGCUUCUUUGCUAAGUGCCUGUAUGUGUGUAAGACGGAAUAUGCAGUGUGUGGCAACCCAGACCUUUUGGAAGGAUCCAUGUCGGCCUACCUGCCUGGACUAAGUGUAGCACCUCGCAUUUCCAUCCCUAACCCCUGGAUCCGCUCUUAUACCUUCACUGGAAAAGAGGAAUGGGAAGUAAAUCCAUCAUACUGUGACACCGUCAAGAAACUCUACCCUUACAGCUCUGGAAACAGACUACUGAAUAUCAUUGACAUGGCCAUAUUUGACUUCCUUAUAGGAAACAUGGACCGGCACCACUAUGAAAUUUUCACCAAGUUUGGUGAUGAAGGUUUUUUGCUGCACCUUGACAAUGCUAGAGGGUUUGGAAAGCACUCCUAUGAUGAAAUAUCAAUUCUGGCACCACUGACUCAAUGCUGCAUGAUCAAGCGCUCUACAUUCCUGAGGCUGCAGCUGCUCCUGCAACCCGAGUACCGCCUUAGUGAUGUGAUUAGAGAAUCUCUGGCUCGAGAUCCACUCCGACCCAUUCUGACCGAGCUCCACUUGCAGGCUCUCGAUCGGAGACUGGAGCGUGUGGUCAGGUCUGUGAGCAGAUGUGUGAAAAAGCUUGGGGAAGCCAAGGUGGUGGUCACGGACUUCGUAGAGGCAUCGGGUGCGGCUAAGGAGAGAAACCAACAGGAAAGCAGGUGAUGGAUGCUGACGUGGGAUGACAAAAUGAAGGGAAAAUGGCAACUUUGUGGAGGUUUCCUCUAGUGGUACACGGAAAGGCCAGGAUGCAGAUAUUUGUGAAAAGGAACAGAGGGAUCAAACCAAAGUAUGUUGGAAGAAAAACACUGGAUUACUGACGCAUGGAUGUACCUAAUGAUUGCCCAAGCAAGAUAUUUUGAACAUUGUUGUCUGUGGGGAAGAGUGUGUAUUUUUUUAGAUGUCUUAAACCAAGAAAAAACUUUACUGUAGGCGAGUUGUUUUCAAAAAAUCGCUAGACGACAUCAUGUUCCUGAGAAGCAGCCAUGGGAUUUGUGGUGUACUUUUCGAUUCAAUUUUAAUUUAAUAUAUUUUUAUUUGUAAAGCACUUUUAACAAUGUUCAUUGUCUCAAUGCAGCUUUACACAUAUGACUCUUUAAUAAAGAAUGAAUAAGACUGUUCUUUAUAACUGCAUGUCCCUAAUGAGU